CAAAAAAAAGCUCCUGCAGUCCGAAAUGGAUCACCGAAGUGAAAUAUGGGCAACCCAAAACGAAAGGCUUGAAGCUUUGAAGGCGAGAUACGUCCCGACUCCAGAUAACCAACAACAGUUCGGAGCUGGUGAGUUGAACAAAAUUAUGGAUCGUUACCUAUAUGAAGCCACGAAAGAAGGGGACGUCGAGGAAUUCAUCGGUGCAUUAGAAAAUGUGUCGAAGUCAAGGAAACUAGCUUUGUCGCUUAUCUUCGACCAAGUCGCCUCCUCCAGAAAUUCAUUGCUUCAUGUUGCAGCAACCUCGGGGAAAGAUGACCUCAUUGAGCUCAUUCUCGAUCAUUUCCCUUACCUCGUGACCCGAAAAAACUCCUCGGAGGACACUCCACUCCAUGUCGCCGUUCGAAAUGGAAGCUCAAAGGCGACAGAACUGCUGAUACGCCGGGGAGCAAACUCGGAAAUCAAAUACUGGAAGAACAAGGAUGGUAAAUCUCCGUUGUAUCUGGCAGUCGAAAUCUGCAAGAUUUGUGAUUCAAAUCCCGAGGGGGUGGGCUGGAAGAUUCUUGAGCUUCUCGUGCAAGAAUUUGCUCGAGAUGAAGCUUACGCAGUAAAGAUCGAGGGCAUGUCACCAGUUUUGGCUACAUUUGAUGUGACAUUAGGUUUAUUGAGAAUAUUUAUAGACCGGCUGCCGAAGUUACUUCAUGUGCGCGGUGAAGACGGGGGGACACCACUGCACGCAGCAGCAUCGGUUGGGUAUUUUCGGCAAGCGAAGGUCCUGCUGAGGAAAUGCCCUUAUCUCGCCCUUCAAACAGACAAGAACGUCUCCUACCCGAUUCACAUCGCUUGCGAAGGCAGCAGCUUCUCGACAUUCGAAACGUUACUAGACAACACGUGGCCUGACCUGGCAGAUAUAAAAAACAAUGAGGGUCAGAACAUUCUUCACGUUGCAGCCAAGGCCGGGAACGACCACAUGGUGCAAAAGAUACUCAAGGCACGCAGCAAGCGCGUCAUCAUCGAGAAGCUGGUGAAUUCGGAAGAUGUCCAUGGAAACACCCCUCUCCAUUUGGCAUCGAUGCACAACCAUUGCGACGUAAUGCGCUCCUUGACGAGCGACAAGAGAAGCGACUUGCAGCUUGUAAACAAUGAUGGAUUGACCGCCCUGGAUGUGGCCAUGGAAUCCGGAAGCUUGUCGAUGAAAAAUCCAGCGUUACUAGGACGUGCAAUUUUGAUUGUCGCUGGUGUACGGCGAAGCGAUGGUCGAGACGUUCUGUCAUCAAGAGAAGAAUGUGCUGGAGCGAGCAAAUCAUCUCCCGCUGAAUGGAUGAAGGACCAGGUUAAUACUCUAUGGGUAGUGGCCGCCCUUGUGGCCUCCGUCACGUUCACUGCGGGCGUAACGUUGCCCGGCGGGUACAAUGCUUCCAGUGAUCCCCACCCAGGAACGGCAACCAUCCUGCACAAAGAAGUGUUUCAGAUUUUCGUGAUUGCCAACACGUUAGCCAUGUACAGCUCCAUCCUUGCGGUCGUAGUCCUCCUCUGGGGUCUCAGUAGAGACUUCUACGUUGCGGAGCUAGCUUGCCAUUCGGCAGGGCCAUUACUGCUAAUGGCUCUCACCGGCAUGUCCGUGGCGUUCUUCGCCGCCGUAACCGUAGCAGUGAACAAACUUACUUGGCUCGGGAGCCUUGUUCUGUCGGUCGGAGUCCUUUACCUCGCGAUGGUCAUCGGGGUUUUAGCAGCCUUGAUAUUCCCAUCCUCCAAGUCUGCUAUGCGCAUUGUGGUCUUUUACUAUCUGGCCGUGACCCUAUCGGCAUCUGCAGUCCGGGGAUUUGUCAGAUUUUGUGUUACUAAUUUUCCCUUCUUUAUGGAAAAAAUUUGCAACCGUCCAUUUAUUCAAUUUUAACUGGGAAUCGUCCAUUGCUAUCCGGACUUUGGUCCAAUCAAUAGUCAAAGUCUGCGGGUCGUAUAUUCCAAUCAUGGCAGUUCUCGAAACGUCAUCGGACUUGUAUUCUGUAUGAUUAAUGGUUCUUUCAAUUAGAAACUAUUCAGAGUCUUCUCUA